UAUAAAAGUUUGAUUUCACCUAAAGAAUGGGAAACGUUUAAAGAAAAACGAAAAAACCCAAAAUUUCGGAGUAGAAGUGAAACAAAUCGGCAAAGAGCAUCAGGUCCCCCAUAUCCAUACAGAAAAGGGCGUAUGGGAUAUGGACGUUUGGAACAGUCUAUUUUAACAAGGGAGAGUAGUUCUGAAACAUCUGUUCCACCACAUGUUUUGUGGAAGGAAGCCCGCGUGGGAAAGGAUGGAGUUCUCAAAGAAGAUGUUCAAAAAGUUUUUGAAAAAUGCGAGACUCUAUCUCAGUCUAUAUCUCCAGAUGAAGGCAAUGAUUGCAGGAGCAUACUUAGCCGCGCAUUAGAUGUUCCUGAAUAUUCUGGUCGGGUGAGGGGUAAGGGAUUUGGAAUCACUCCAACAUCCUUGAAGAUGAAAAAACAGAAGUCUCCUAGCAAUAGAGAACUGCGGGAAACCUUGUAUGCACUACAAGCUGAAGUCCGCAAAUUGAAAAGGGAAAAAGAAUUAAGAGAGAAAGCUUCAGGUUGUAAAGCUACUAGUGACAAAGGUAGUAUCGGUUGUAAUUUUCAACCGAAUCUUCCAGAGGGCAUUUCACCUUGCGAACUCUACUUAUCGUCACCGACUUAUCGGAUGGUUGGCAAGGGAAAAGUGCAUAAUACUUUGGGAGAAUUACUUCACACUAGACCGCUCCCUACUGGAUGUUUAAAAGUAUCCGUUGACAUUGCUUUAGAGAAGGAUGCGUUAUUACCGCAUCCUGACGAUGUUUCGGAUGCCACAUUGGUGGGAGAUGCAAAAGGUUCGUUUGUUGCAUGGCCGUCAAGCCUUAUUAGUGUAGAUGAUGGGACUCUAACAAAAUUCAAAGCAAAAGACAAGGAGCCUCCGCGAAAAAUCGAGUCAGUUGCAUCGAUAAAACAGAGAUUGAAGAUGUCAGUAAGGGUAAGAAGCCUGAAAAAGGUUGUUGCUAAGACCGCGGUUAAGAAAAAACCUAAUCCCAGUAUGUUUAGGUCGUGCCUUUUAACUUCUUUAGAACUCUCUGAUAUUCCGCAAGGAAACACCCGUCUUGUACCUAUGGAGGAAGAUGUGUUUGGUAUUGAGCAUCAAGAAACAAUUGGUAUGGAGGAUUUUGAACAAAUUUUUGAACAUACGCAAUUAGGCCUCAGUGUUAUUGAUACAUACAUAAGGUUUUUGUAUGAAAAAUUGAUGCACCCGACUGGAUUGAGAUUAAGGCAAAGAUUUGCUUUCUUAGCUCCCUUCAUUACCAACUUAGGAAUAAUCAUAUCUAAACCGGAUGAAGUCAUGGCGUAUGUACUCAACCGUUUUAUGGCCAGCAUAAAUUCAGAAAAGUUGUUCUUUUUACCGUUUAAUACCGGCAACGGUGGACAUUGGUUGUUGGUCGCGAUUAAUCCUAUCAGUGAAGUUGUAUAUUUUUUGGAUUCCUUACACAAUCCAGUUAGUACAUACGAAGCUAUGAAGAAGUUGGUUGAUACCGUUAUACAAGUUUUUCGAGCACAAAGAGGAAGUCAAGUACCAAAGAGUAAAGCCAACAACAUCACAUGGAUUCAAGUGGAGUAUCCUGGGCAGCGUAAUGAAGUAGAUUGCGGUUUUUACAUGUUGCAGUUUAUGAAAGAAAUUCUUCUUUCGAAUCAAAUAGAGAUUUCGUCCAAGUAUUUUGAUGACUUCAAGUGUGCUACUUACUCAAAAUCUAAGUUGGAUGAACUUAAGGAGGAAUGGUGUCAAUUCAUGAUUAAGUUGAAAGUUGUAUAG